AUGGUGACGGUGGCAACAAGAAAGACGCACCCGCUGCGACAGUACCUUUUGAGGCGUCAUUUACAGCGACGAGAGCUUCCGACGAUUGGACGAGUGAUCCAAUCAAUGAUUGUGGUUACGGCAGCACUUUCCUUCUUGAUUGCGUUUGAUGCCCCUGUUACGGAAAGACUCCUUUUCGAGCACGAUGAGAGCUUGGGACGAUCCCUGUCGUCAUUGAACCACGGCAAAAUAUCGCCUCUUCUUCGUGCUCUUGCAAUGGAUCAGCAGCCAGAGGAAAUUGAAUCGCCUAACACGAAUACAAUCAAUCCACGUUCCCAAGAAGAUAGUAAGCCGAGCGUUCUUCGCCAAGAUCACUUCAAGGUGAACGACCUUUCUGAAGAAGCUAAGCCGGGCCUUUCGCUCGAACAGCAUUUCAAGGCGAACCACGUUUCCGAAGCUGGAAGAGAUGCUGUGCUCAGUCAUAGCAAGACAGAUGACGAGCCCCUGCGGCACCUUCGAUUUUCCGACUUGAAUCUGCAAGAAGUGCCGCAAGAUGAUCCAGUAAUGAAAACAGCCUUCCUGGAGUCCACCGUCGUGAGCCAAUCUCCGUGGUUUCAAGGGGAAAAGAUAUGCAAUGAUACUUGCUGUGCUCGAUCGGUGGCCAUUUCUCUUAAGCAAGAUGACACCAGGGUUAUAAACGCGUGUGAUGGACAAGAUGUCGCUGAUGUCCUGCUCCUUGGGCAUACACCGCCGUCCAUUCAUAAGUUUGCUGCGUCCGAACUGACAGAGGAGAUGAUACCUUGUUUGCAACCCGGGGUUAUCAUUCAUGCUGAUAGCUACCGCGGCCCGAUAACGAGAUGGUUUACAGAGUUGCGUCCCAAGUUGACUGUACCGUACAUCUUCAUAACAACCAAGACAGAUGGUGACACUCCAAUCAAGUUCUUUACGGAAAGACUGAGCACAGAUCCCUUGCUUCUGGCAUGGUAUGGGAUCAAUCCAAACUAUGAGACGGGGGGCAACCACCCCAAGUUUCGCGCGAUGCCACUCGGUCUAACGGGAAACAAAUAUCGGCAACAACCAGACAUUGACCUCCUCAUGAAGGCACGGAACUAUGCCAACCCAUUUGGGGGUGACAAGUCCCGUUGGACGAAUAUCACAUUGUGGUUAAAUGCCAAAGAUACCACGCCACUGCUGUUUGUCAAGUUUGGCAUCCACGUCAACGCAUUGCAUCGAAGCACCCCUUGGGAUAUGGCCUGCAAACAACGCAACAUGGAGCCUUUGGAUGACAUAUCAUGUAACAAGAAGAUCAGCGUGGGUCCACGACAAACCUAUACAGCAGCAUCCAAAUAUCUCUUUGGGUUAUCCCCGCCCGGGAAUGGGCUGGACUGCUUCCGGACGUAUGAACUGCUUUUCAACGGUGUCAUUCCUAUAGUCCAGGCCCACCCGGAGUAUGACGAGCUCUUCAAAGAUCUACCCAUCAUUCAACUGAAGAGCUGGAAGUACUCGCAGGCAGAGUUGGUCAAAGUUAUGCGUGACUACAUCUUCAGCCCUGCGUUCUUGAAUAAUACAUUUGAUGCAGGCUGGGAACGAAUGUUCUUAAAGUACUGGAGGCAUCAGGUACUCCAGGAUGCAGGACGCCUCGAUGAGAUGAUUCACGAUCCAGAGGGUAAUCAAUACUACAAGGCUUGGCAAUACACCAUGAGCAAACCGCCGUUUAUCCAACACGCUAUUCCAGAGCAUGUGGAAUUGAAGAAGAAGAAAGAGAAGAAAGAGAUCACGGAUCGCCUUGAAAGACUAAAGAAUGAAGCAGAAGAGAAGCUUUUGAAAGUACAAGAGAAGCUUUUGAAGUUGCAAGAGAAGGAGCGGCAAAAUCACGGACAACUUCAACUGGCAACACUGGGGCGAUUUCGUGGAUUCCGCAUUGGACCGCAACGGUUCUACGCUCAAAGCCAGUAG